AGGCAACUUCUUCAAAACUCUAAACAGUCAAUGAGGAAGUUCAAAGCAACAUGCCACACCCUGUACAGAGAACUCCAUAACAUCAGGCGUACUUGUCAGUUUGGUAUUUCUUUCCGGGAAAAACACAGAGGUGUGUCAGUAAUUCACCUGCUGAGAGCAAACAGUCUUCAUCCCACUAGAAGUCGUCACCCAACAGGAGCAGAAAAAUCAGUGUCAAUGGAAGCAGUUGUUAAUGUACCUGCUUCUCCCACCUCAGGGCAGAGUCACUACUCUCCUGAGUUGAGGCUUGUGCUGAUUGGUGGAAGACACUUAAAUGGUAUUCCCAGUAACAAGAGCAUAACUGGCAACAUCAUACUGGGUAAAAGUGUGUUUGACACCAGCAGAAGAACUGCCAGGAGUGUAGUGAGGCAGCAGGAGGCACAUGGCAGGCAAGUCACUGUGGUUGAUACUCCUGGCUGGUGGUGGCACUACCCACAAGAAAACACCCCAAAGCUGGACCAGGUGGAAAUCAGGAACAGCGUCCAUCUGUGUCCACCAGGACCACAUGCCUUUCUUCUAGUCAUCCCUGUGGGUUUAAAAUUUCAUCGGAUCUCCAGACUAUCACUAGAGGAACACCUGCAACUUUUCCAUAAAGAAGUGCUUCGUCACACCAUUGUGCUGUUCACUCUAGAUGCUCCAUGUAAUGAUGACUUUUUAGAAUAUGAAAUCGCUAUGUGCCCAGACCUGAAAUGGGUUCUUGAACAAUGUGGAAACCGGAAGCAUUUUUUCAAUAUUAGCGACAGGCAGGAUAGCAGCCAAGUCAUAACGCUCUUCAAGAAAAUAGAUGCAGUGGUGGCAGAAAAUGCUGGUAGUCACUAUCCCAUUGAUGGCAAUGACGGGAAAGCUCUGAAAGAGAAUAUGAAAGCGAUAGCUGAAAGAGCAUCAAAGAGAUCUGCUGAAGUGCAGGCAAAGAGGGAAAAACUGAAAGCACUGAUUGCAGGUGGCAAAAUCCCUCCAACACAUUUAAGAAUAGUGAUGGUUGGGGCACAGUGGUCAGCUAAGAGCUCAGCAGGCAACACGAUCCUGGGGAAACAGGCAUUUGCUGUUCAAACGACUGACAGAAGAACAACGGAGUACUGUGAAAUAAGCCACGGCGUGGUGGCAAACAGAAAGCUCACAGUGGUAGAUUCUCCUGGCUGGUUCUACAACGAAACCCUUCGAGACACCUGUGAGAUGGAUAAACUUGAAAUACAGAGCAGCAUGCAUCUGUGCCCUCCGGGACCCCAUGUAGUGCUACUUGUAGUCGGCCUGGCAUCUGCAUUCAAUGCAUCAUACCAGCAAACAGUCCAAGAGCACAUGAGUCUGUUCACUGAUGACAUCUGGAAGCACACAAUUGUUCUGUUUACAAGAGGUGACUGGCUGGGAGUGAAGACUGUGGAAGAGCGUAUAGAGAGUGAGAAAGGUCUGCAGUGGCUCGUGACAAAGUGUGGGAACAUGUACCAUGUGCUGGACAACGUAAACCAAAGGGAUGAAACACAGGUAGUGGAGCUCCUCGAGAAGAUUGGAGAGAUGUGGGCAGGAAAAAAAGAUCCCCAUUUUGAAGUCAACCUGGCUCUUGCAAAGCAGAUGGAGGCGAGGAAAGAGGCAAGAGAGAGUGUGGCUAAAGGGAUUAGGCGGACGGCUGAAAUACAAGCAGGACUACUGAGAGAGUUGUUUCGAGGAGAGAGGCUGCAAAUCACCGACAUGAGGGUCAUACUUCUUGGCCGAAAAGAGUCAGGGAAGAGCAUGGUUGGGAACAGGAUGAUUUUUGACGAGCUCUUUAACACAAUGUGGAUGAAGAAGGAAUUCCAAGCUCAGGAAAGCACUGCAAUGUGUGUAAAACAUCAGAGAAAGGUUGCUGGAAUUAAUCUCUCCAUCGUUGAGGCGCCAGGCUGGCCGACAGACAGAGUGAUACCCAACUGGCUCAAACGUGAGGCUCUGCACAGCGUCUCCAUGUGUGCGCCAGGCCCCCACGCUUUUCUCUUGAUCAUUCCCGUCUUGAAAUCCUUCACAGAGAAAGACUGCAAAGCAGCGGUCGAGCUCUUGAUGCCAUUCGGUGAAAGAGUGUGGAGACACUGCAUGUUGCUGUUCACCUGGGGAGACUGGCUCAAUAACAGACCCAUCGAGGAGUACAUUGCCAUGGAAGGCAAGCACCUGAAGUGGCUUCUUGAAAAGUGUGGGAACAGAUACAGUGUUAUCAGAUGCAACCGUUAUUACGAAGAUUUUCCAGUUAUACAGCUGUUCCAGAAAAUCAGUGACAUGAUAAUGCAAAACAAGGGCCGCUGCUUUACUCCCAAAGAUGAAGAGCAGACACCAGGACAGCCAACGCUGACAGAAGAGGAGUGGAACAGGAGAGAGCAGGAGCUAAUCGACAGGAUGUUGAAAGCUGUAGCACGAGAAUCCAAGGAACCAUCAAGACCAUCUGUGAAGAUGACAGCUAGCCUUGACGGAGUCUUCAUUCCGAGCAUGAGCGGAGAUGUUCACUCAGAAGAUGAAGGCACAUUUUGCUAUCAAAGAGCACGUUUCAAGGUGUCUGAAUGGCUGACCUGUAGAGCUGAGAACUCUGACGUCACCUCCGGGGUCGGCAGCAUAAGCGCCUCUGCCAGCCACACGGAGAAGCUGGAUGAAAGCAUUCUGACAAAUGACUAUCGUCAAUCAAUGAAUUGUUUUUUCCCAGAAAAAGACAAAAUAAAGUUUGACACUGUUCUCCAUGGCGGGCUCUCCACAGACGCCGUAGGGACCCAACGCAGACACUCUUUUUAAGCAGAUGUAGCACAAAAGCAGCAGUCUCCAGUCGUAUCUGGAGACUAGUGAAUGAUGUUUUCUUGAUGUUUUUCUGUUUUCCUGACCUCAUCUCCAAAGGCGUAUGGUACAUAGGAAGAUGGUCUCCCCCUCCCCUCUCAGUGUCUUGGAAAGGUCAUUGGUUAAUUUCCAGAUAUAUACUCCUCUUUUCAUGUAAACAUCUAACCUAUAUAAGCGGACUAUUAGAGAUGUUUCAGUAGAGUGAUCCAUAUUGGCUCGGAUCCUCUCACAUGCACGUGUUUAAUUUGAUACUGAGCUUUUUGUAAUAAACCUUUUACAAGCAAGCAAGCAUACAAGCAAGACGGUGUCAGAAGAGAUCUCUUUCAACAUCUGCACAUCAUCACUAUCCAAUAUACAACAUUACAUUGCAUAAUUAAUGUUGUGUAAUCGUGUAAAUUCAUGAAUUGUAAAUAUUUUUUGCCAUUUAUUGUAUUAUACAUGUCAUAAAAACUUUGAAGUAUCAAUAACAGAGCAGUAUUUUUUUAUACUUAAAAACUGAGGUAAACAAAGAAAACGUGUUUGUACAGGUUUAUACUUUACUGGCUUUCAAAGGAUACUGAAAAAGUGUGAAAUAGUGUCAAAGAAGGUGUCAAAGAAGGAGCUUUUAUACAAACCAGACAAUCAUAACUUGUAAUAUCUGUGUACAAUCAUUUAAUGGUGUUGAUAAUAUCUAAAUUGAAAUCGGAAAUGCUAAAUAAAAAUGUAAA